UACGUAACAGGGCAGUACAGGCUGAGAUAAAAGGCCCAGUUUGUGACACCUGUUUUCACUGAGAAUCGUAGUUCCACCAAGAGGAAACAUGGGUCACUACUUGUACUUCUCUGCUGAGACAUGGACCCUGCUGAUUGCCUUUGUCACAUUGCUCCUAGUGUAUGCCUACUGGCCUUAUGGGGCUUUCAAAAGAUUAGGGAUCUCUGGCCCCAAACCCAUCCCGUUUUUUGGAACAAUGCUGCAUUAUCGAAGGGGAUUCUUCCUCUUUGAUCAAGAAUGCUAUCAGAAAUACGGGAAAAUAUGGGGCAUUUAUGACGGCCGCCAGCCUGUCUUGUGUGUUGCAGAUCCUGAAAUCAUAAAGGCUGUUCUGGUUAAGGAAUGCCUUUCUCUCUUCACCAAUCGCAGAAAUUUCCGUCUGAAUGGGCCCUUGUAUGACGCCGUGUCCAUCGCUGAGGAUGAGCAAUGGAAAAGGAUCCGAGGUGUCCUCUCUCCUUCUUUCACUUCUGGGAGACUGAAGGAGAUGUUUGAAAUCAUGAAGAAUCAUUCUGCUAACCUGGUCCGCAGCAUGAAAAAGAAGGCAGACAAGGACGAACCAUUAGAGCUAAAGGAAUUCUUUGGAUCGUACAGUAUGGAUGUGGUAACCAGCACGGCCUUCAGUGUAGACAUCGACUCCCUGAACAACCCAGCCGACCCGUUUGUGACAAAUAUCAAGAAGAUGUUGAAGUUUGACUUUUUAAACCCCCUCUUCCUCGCAGUCGCAUUUUUCCCCUUUCUCGGUCCCGUACUUGAAAAGUUUGAAUUUUCUUUUUUUCCUGCAUCUGUGACCGACUUCUUCUAUGCUUCUCUGAGAAAGAUCAAAGCUAACCGUGAAGGCAGCAAAGACAAGAGUCGGAUAGAUUUUCUACAACUGAUGAUUGAUUCCCAAAAGAACAGUGAGGUGCAACAGGAAAAAAGUGAGGCACACUUCAACACAAGUAAAUUCACACAUGCUACACAACUUGCUUUUGUGAACCAUUUAACUCUGUUGUUUUCUACAGGUUUAAAUGACCAUGAGAUUCUAUCUCAAUCCAUGAUAUUCAUUUUUGCUGGUUUUGAAACAAGCAGUAGCUCUCUCACCUUCCUGGCUUACAAUCUGGCUACAAACCCAGAGGUGAUGAAAACGCUUCAGGAGGAGAUUGAUGCCACCUUCCCCAACAAGGCUCCUGUUCAGUAUCAGCCCUUGAUGGAGAUGGAGUACCUGGACAGCGUCAUCAAUGAGUCUCUGCGACUGUUUCCUAUUGCUCCACGUCUGGAACGUGUGGCCAAGGCAUCUGUGGAGAUAAAUGGCCUUGUGAUUCCAAAAGACAUGGUUGUCAUGAUCCCCACAUGGCCUCUGCACAGGGAUCCUGAGAUGUGGCCUGAACCUGAGAAAUUUAAGCCUGAGAGAUUUAGCAAGAAAAACAAGGACAAAAUCGAUCCAUACACAUACAUGCCUUUUGGGUCUGGGCCAAGGAACUGCAUUGGCAUGAGAUUUGCUCUGGUGAUGAUCAAAUUGGCCGUGGUAGAGAUUCUCCAGCAGUACAGCUUCUCUGUUUGUAAAGAGACUGAGAUCCCUUUUGAGAUGGAUGUCCAGGGUUUGCUUGCACCGAAAAGACCCAUCCAACUGAAGCUGGUGCCUCGCUCCUGAUCUACCAGCCAAAGGAAUACAUCAGUUUGGCAGAUUUUAUACCUUCACUAUGUGCAGUUUACAUUGUUAUUCCACAGAAAAAGUUUAAUAAAAAUUUACCAUUGCA